AGCUAUGCUUACAACCCAGGUUGGUAUUUCAUGUGGGCGACAGUCACCAAACCCAUUGCGAAACUCAAGAACAUCCCUCCUUGCGGAGACUCCUUCAUCAGCCUCGAGUAUCCUAACUCCGCCUCCGCUUCGACUCGAUCAACCAUUUGCACAUCGAGUACGUGGUGAGAAGUUUGUUCGACAUAUGGAAUCCUCACCGGAGUUGACGUUGCCGCCCAGGCAAAUGGCUUCGGGCACUGCGGCGAUUGCAAAUGGCAAGAACAAUUCGGCAGAUACACUGGACAGGACUACUGAUCAGUCAAGCAACAAAUUUCCUGAUGAAGACGUUGAAGCCCGUAUACCACUUACUCUUACUCAUAAAAAUAGUAUGCGAGAUACAACACCAGAUUCAAUCCUGCGGCUAAACAUAGGCGGAAGCAGCUAUAGGAUUCGGACGAAGUCAAUUACAAAGUUUGGGCCGAAGACGCUGUUAGGUCGAUUUGUUCGAAUGAACCACGAGCAUCGAAGACAAUGGGCAGAUUGGUACUUUGAAGACCAACAAGAGUAUUUUUUCGAAAGGGUUCCGAGAUAUUUUGAUCCGAUCUAUGAUUUUUACGCUACGGGGAAACUUCAUGUGCCUAAGGAUCUUUGCUUUGACAAAUUUAUGGCUGAACUACGAUUCUGGGCUGUCAGUAAAUCACGCAUGGAUGAAUGUUGUUCACCUUUCACACAAUACUGCGUAAAUUACGACAAACGUGGUUCGGAAAAAGAUCACUUCAUCGGAGUUCGCUGCGCUAAUGUUCGUCGACGACUUUGGCUUAUACUUGAAGGUCAUACACAAUCACGCUGGUGGAAGGUUUUUGAAGUGAUAUCCACAGCUUUUGUUGUACUUUCCGUCUCAGCUCUAAUUCUCGGCUCAUUACCCGAGUUUCAAGUUCCACAAAAAACGGAAGAUGGGCAGUUGGUUUACGCUACAGCUACCUAUCCUACAUAUCCGAAUUCCGGUGGAGGCAUGACUGUAGAAUCUAGAACGGUAGUUAGAGAGGGGGGUGAUCAACAGGUUGAGAUGACAGAACAUCCUGUAUUUACUUGGGUUGAAAAUGUCUGUGUCAUCUAUUUUUCGUUCGAAUAUUUGCUUCGAUUUCUGGUGUCUCCAAGAAAGUUAGCAUUUGCUCGGCAGAUGCUCAACGUCAUAGAUUUGUUGUCAAUAGCUCCAUUCUACUUCGAAAUGCUGCUAUGGAUAUGUGGAAUAUCCGGUGAGAACGUUCGUAAAGUUCGUUGGGCAUUUCUGACUGUUCGACUUCUACGAGUACUGCGAGUUAUUCGAAUAGCCAAACUUGGGCGAUUUUCACCAGGUCUGGCAAAUUUCGCACUUACCAUACGAAAAUCAAAGAAACAAAUGCAAAUGGUUGGAGUGGUUAUGAUGACUGUGGUAAUAUUCUUCUCCACACUUAUUUACUUCCUUGAACGAGAUGAGCCAGACACAAAAUUUACCAGCAUACCGGCCACAUUUUGGUGGUGCGUUGUCACAAUGGCUACUGUAGGAUACGGUGAUCUGGUGCCGGUUACUGUAGCUGGAAAACUUGUUGGCAGCGGUGCUAUAGUGUGUGGAGUUAUGGUGUUAGCGUUGCCUAUAACGAUUAUGGUCAAUAACUUCAUGCAAGUAGUAAAACUACGAGAAGAGAAGAUUGUGAAGAAAUAUGCUCAGCAAGAGGGAGAUCACGUUUGACCCAUAUAAGUCAUAUGAAGUUUGAAUCGCUCGUGCCUUACCAUUUCCGUCAACAUAUGGACACUGGUUUCCCUCACGCAGAUACCGGACCAAAAUUUCAAUAGC